AUGUCGACCGAGGAGAAGAUCAGCCAGGAUCAUAGGCUCAGCGACGCCGGUUCCGACAAUCAUGAGCUCAAGCACGUCGAAACGACCGAUGACCUGGCGCCAGAGAUUAUCGGCGGUCAGCUCGCGAAUCUCCCGCCCGGAUACUACACGAGCAUCAGCUUCAUUGGCACAAUCGCCGCCUUCAGUCUUGCCAACAUGUCCAACUACGCUGGCUACGUGAUGACCUUCAACCUGCUCGGCAUCAUCAAUCAAGACCUUGGGCCAGAUCCAAACUACGUCUGGAUUGCAACAGGCUAUGUGUUGGCUGCGACCACAGGCGCUCUGGUCUGGGGCUCCUUGAGCGACAUAUUUGGCCGGAGAUACUUCUUCAUCGGUGGCAAUGCAUUUGCGCUAUUGGGAAGCAUUCUCGGGGCAGUGGCACAGAACAUCGUUACUUUGAUCUUUGCGCAGGUGUUCAUUGGCCUGGCGUUGGCAUCGCAACUGAGCUUCUCAAUCUGUGUGGCCGAGUUGAUCCCGAACAAGUGGCGUGGCUACAACAAUGCGUUGCUCUUCUUCAUGGCCGUUCCCUUUUCGACGUUUGGACCAAUCAUUGCUCGGCACUUCCUUUCUCUCAACCACACUUGGCGGUGGUCUUACUACAUCAACUUGAUCUUGACUGGUCUGGCGAUCAUCUUGGCGACGGCCUUCUAUCAUCCUCCUGUUUUCGAGCAGCUCCAUACCAAGGCGUCCAAGCGCAGAGUGCUGAUUGAGUUGGAUUACAUCGGUAUCGUGCUUUUCAUCGCCGGAAUGGUCCUGUUCCUCUUAGGACUUAGCUAUGGCGGGCAGAUCUACCCGUGGGACAGCGCCCAUACGCUUGCGACGUUGAUCGUCGGUAUACUGAUGCUCCUGGGCUUCUUCGUCUGGGAGCUAUACGGAGCGAGACAUCCGCUUCUGCCGGCGUACUUCUUGAAGAACCUGCCAUUUGGCGGCAUCAUCAUGGCUGCUGGUUCUGCAUCGGCCGUCUUCUAUCCUCUGAAUGUCUUCUGGCCGCAGCAGAUCUCGACGUUGUGGGCAACGGAACCACUGCGUAUUGGCUGGCUCUCUUGCAUCUUGGGAGGUGGAACACUGACUGGACAGAUUUUCGGAGGUUUCCUGGUCAACCGUGGAAGAGCGAAGUGGCAGUUCGUCACUGCGACCGUGACUAUGACGGCAUUCAUUGGCGGCAUGGCAUCAACGAAUCGCAACACCUUGAAGACCGCGGAAGCGCUUUGUUUCUUAGGCGCUUUCUCUUUGGGCUAUGUCGAGAACGUGGCCUGUACGCUGGUGCCCUUCACCCAGGCCGACAAGAAUAUUGGUGCAUCGAUUGGUACACUGAUCUCUGGUCGUACGGCAAUCGCUACGAUCGCUCUCGCAAUCUAUAGCACGGUUCAAGCCAACAAGUUCACCGAAUAUAUUGGGACAAUCGUCGUGCCGGCUGCUGAGGAGGCAGGCAUUGCUGCAGACCAGGUUCCCGCGCUUCUGCAGGGCUUUGAGACUGGCUCGUUCAAGGGCGUACAGGGUCUCACCCCGGCGAUUCUGGAUACGGUGACGAUUGCGUACCAGACGGCGUUCUCAAAGGCUGUGAAGAUCGUGUACCUGAUCAGUAUUGCCUUCGGCGUGCUGGCUAUCGUUGGUGCGCUGCUCUCGCCCAAUCCGGACGCCAAGUUCACGACGAAGGUAGCGCGGAGGAUGCACGGAAAGGAGAACACGGAGGCAACAGUAGCGGAUCUCCGAGAGGAUGUUUGA